UAAAUAACCCACAUAAAACCCACUUCCUGCUCAGAUCAUCUCUCACAGAUAAAUCACUACAGCUCUCGAGGAGACACCAUCUUUUAUCUAUAAAGAGAUAAAGAGAACGUUUCAUUAUGACGGCUGGUGUAAGACACCUUCUAGGCUUGACCUUGGCCAUCAUCAGCUUUGUGGGGACCAUUGUCAUCUGUGCUCUUCCACAGUGGAGAGUCACAAAAAUCUUAGAGCAAUCGAGCAUUUUUGAUUCCCUGGUGUUCACUGAAGGUUUGUGGAAAGUCUGUGGUACUUUCAGUGCACAGAUUUUGGCGUGCAAAAAGUAUGAGGAAACACUUUUGCCUAUAAGUCAAGACCUGGAGGUUGCUAGAGCACUCAUUGUCAUUGCCAUUAUCAGUGGUGUCAUUGGGAUCCUGCUUGGUGCUGCUGGAAGCAAAUUCAUGAACUUUGUGCCAGACGAAAGGAAAAGGAGUAAAAUGGCUAUGGCUUCUGGAGUUGUUUGUCUCAUUGCAGGCAUCUUUGUGCUAAUACCAGUCUGCUGGACCACCAACGCCACCACCACCACCAUACAGGAUAAUUACAACAACUUUCUUCCUCAUGUCUCUUUGAAGAGUGAGCUUGGAGCCUCGCUUUAUAUUGGCUGGAUCACCACAGCACUUCUGUUCCUGGGAGGAGGCCUCCUCUGCAGCUCCUUUAUCUGCCAAGAUGGAACUGACUAAAACGUUAAGUACACCAACCCUUGCUCUUUGUAAAAAGCCUUAUUUACAAAGAGCAAUUAGUCAGUAAUUUAGUUACUCAUAUUAACCUAAGCUUAGAAAUUCAGCAGUCUGUUAAAAAAAAGGAAACAAAAGUUGAAUGAAUAGAAUAAGAAAGUCUAAAAUUGAAUUAAAAUAGGCAGAAAUAUUGGCAAUUUGAUGUUGUAACUUAAUUCUUGAUAUAUUUUGUUGUAUUUUAUACCAUUAUAGACACUUUUUCUUUUCAUGUUUAUUGUCUAUGCCAUUUACUAUAAAAUUGUGGACACAGUUUUCCUGUUUUUCUGUGAUCUUUGUAAAAAUCAAAAGCAUGUGCAUUCAAACUUCUAUAAACAUGAUUCUGUGGCUUAAAUCUCGAUCUGAUUUUUGACUUUUUCUUUGUUAAACUGCUUCAAUGUUGAUGAUUAUGAUUUUCCUUUGCAGUUACGUUCAGAUUAUUUUUCUGCAGUA